AUGACCGCGACUUUUUCCCUGAAAAAUAUAAAUUCCCUUCUGAAAGGGUUCAUCGAGAUCACCGACGGUCGUUGCGUUUAUAUCGCCGAAAAUGGAGAUACCUUAUUCAAACUUCGGAUGGACUUGCAGCUGUCGCGUGAAGUUCUCGAGGCCGAAAAUGAAGGAAAAGUUAAUUUCAAUCAUUUAGUGGUGGGUUUUUUUAAAAGACCGGCAAGUUUCUCAAAAAUCCAAACCCUAAGCUCUCAAUCAAAUCUGAUCAAAUAUAUGAAUCAAUAAAUCAAACUAAUUAGAUCAAUCUCUUUGUAUUCUGACCUUCCAACUUGGUAUAUAGGAACACCCUGAUUCCAAUAAAGUUGAUAAAAGGUUCGCCUUUGGCGUAUUAGACGAAUCCCAAAGUUUGCGUGCGAAAAAUGCAUUGGAUGGAAGGAGGGAAUCUGUUGCGGCGGUUAACAUUCGCUGCGAUCAGGUAGCCUGGUGUAGUGGCUAGCGGCCUUGCACAGUGAAACCUAUGAUGCAAGUUCGACCCCUUUUCGUGAAAAUUAUUUUUGCCAAUUUUUCUUGAGAUAGGAUACGACUUGGAGAUUUCGUAAUUUCAAUCUUUUUUUUUCCAGCGAGGAGUCCGUAUCAACUUGCCUGGAAUUCCUCAUUUGCUCUCACAGGAACAUCUGGACUCUCACAUAACUUAUGGGGUAAAACAGGUGUAUUAUCAUCAUUCGAAAGAUAAAUAUAGGCAGAUGAAGGCGAUUCUCUUUGGAAAAUCGCAACAUCUCAUAAACUUUCCCAGAGGUGGGUAAGAAGAUGCAACCCGACAGUGGAUUUCGACUAUUUAAUGGUUGAAAAAUGUUUUUACCGAUUUCAUUUUUUGAUUUUUCAGGCCCAACAAUUGCUCUGCCUGGGACCGCGGCCUGUAAAUAUCCAAGACGAUGUACCCACUAUUGCAAUGGAACAAUGA